AUGGAAAAUAACGAUUUAAGUAAAUAUGUAAAUUUGCCUUUCGGUGGAGAAAUGGAUGACAAUGUAGUAAUGUCUGAGGAAAUGGGAAACGUUUCCAUGUCACAAUAUAUAAAUGACACCGAAAGACAUGAUGAACAAUCCCUUGGAAAUUUAGGUGGUGCCACAAUAGAAAACGGAAAUGGUUUUACAGUUGAAGAUUUGAAUUUUAUACAUUUUGAUGACUUUGUUCACUCCUCUGAUACUAUUGCUGUGACUGACGGUCCACAAAUAAUAUGGAAUAUCAGUGCAACGCCAGACGGUCAAAUAUCUUCACAAGACUGGAAUACAUCUUCUCUCGUACUUCAUGAUUCUGUACAAACAGUUCAGGAUAACAAUGCCCAAUCGAUGUUGAUAAAUCCUGAAGCAGCAGCUACACAGUUUCUUAUCGAUCCCACUCUAAUGAGGCAGCCUCAACAGCCUAUACAAGUUCAACAAGGGCAUUCUUACGGAACUCGGUUCGCAAAUCAAAUGCGUCCUACCCCUGGGAUUCAACCUCGGCAAAGAAGGCAAAGACCUAAAAAGGGUCAAGGAGAAACUGAUGAUGGACCUUACUGUAUAUGUCGUGGUCCAGCUUCCGGAGUUAUGGUUGAAUGUGAUUCGUGCAAUGAGUGGCAAGUUUUAAUUUCAAUAGUGAUUGCAAAAAAUAAAUUGUUCAUAACUUUUAUAAAUGCCUGGCCCAAGGCGCAGGAAGUGGACAAAUACCAUUGCCCAAAAUGUCAAGUAGAAAAUCCUUCACUUAUUGGUAUAAUCAAAGAUGAUUGCCCAAUGGCAGAGGCUACAGGCAUUGAUCCAAAGGCGUUGUUAAUCGAAGAGCCGACUUCUACCGAUCCUCCAAAACCAGCGAAAUGUUUGUUUAAAGAGUGUUCAAAUCCUGCACGUGAAAAUAAUCCUUAUUGUGGCGAAAGCUGUCUAUUACGUGACAAGAUUCUAGAGAUUAAGAUGACAAAGGGACCGGAUGUUUCUCAAAAAGCAUCUUCACCACCUACUCCAACGGAAACAAAAAAAGGGCAUCGUCCUGUACUCCCAAAACCUGCACAACCUGCAGCACUCAACGGGUCUUCACAUACAAAUAAUAAAGCUACUCCUGUUAAUCAAAGACCCCCUUCUAUGGUUACUAAUUCUACACCACUAGGCAUCAAACCAGGGUCAUCUCAAAUUAAAAAGGUGCCUAUUCAGCAUAAAAAAGUUUCAGGAGGUUCGGGCGAUAGUGCUACCAAAGUACGCAAUUUAUGUUUGGAAAAAUUUCAAUCUCUUUUCGCUAAAAAAUACGAUGAAUUGAGCCAAAAAGGUGAAUUACAAAAUACACAAGAAGAGCCGGAACAACUUGCUCAGCGUCUUGCCCGACGUAUCGAAGAGUCUAUUUACGAUAAUUUUGCUGCUAAAACUGACAAAGAUGGUUUGGGUCAGAAUUAUAAAUCAAAGUUUCGAAAUCUUCUUACAAGUCUCGGUCAUCCAAAAAAUGAAGAUUUAUUAAUGCAAGUCGUCAAAGGUGACAUUCCCCCAGUUCGAUUAGUAAUGAUGUCUGCAGAGGAUUUGGCAAAUCCUGAGCAGAAAUCCUUAAUGGUCAAAGUACGUAGAGAAAGUAUGCAACAAUCGGUGUUGAAAGCUGAUCACGGACCAAGAAUAAAGAAAACUCAUAAAGGCGAAUUUAUAAUAAUUGAAAGUGGAAAUGAAUCGCCUAAACGUGAUGCACCAGAUGUCAAUUCUACUGCAUCUACUGUAAAUGGUACUUUCACCUCACCUACUAGUACAAGACCGAAAAUAAAUAUCGAAGACUUAGUGCCCAAACGACGUGCUAGUACAACAGAUAGUAAUAAUCCGUUAUCCGCAAAUAGUGAUACAUCAAAGGAUGAUUCUUUGUCUCGGAGGACUUCAACGAGUACGGAAGACCUCAGAACUAAUUUCUUUAAAACCACGCCACGCGAAGAAAAUAAUGACAACCAACAACUUGCACGGAAUUCAUCCGCAAACGAUAAUAACAUGUUUGCUGAUACUGACAUGACAGGUAGUCCUACAGCAAUUUCGGUGAGUUCACCAGUGAAUUCACCACAUCUUUCCCCUCAAGCCAGAGAAUUAAUUUCGCCUAAGAUGAGUCCUCAUACUCCUCCCGGAGUACCUACUAACCUUAAUGAGCCUACAUUACCAUUAACUUAUUUAUGGUCGGGUAAAUUGGUAUAUGAUAGUGUAGCCAGGUUUUCUGGUAAAGCAAGCCUUGUUGCUGCAAAAAAACGGAGUAAAGAAAGAUGUUGGGAGGAUUUUCUUGCAACGGUUAUCAGGGUUAACGGUCAUGUGUCACGGGUAGAUGAAGCGGAAACAUAUUUAAUUGAUAGUUGGUGUUCACCUUCAAAAGAUGUUGCUAUUAUCAAAUUUGAACAUGUUGAUAAUAUUGAUGACAAGCAACAAUUUGAUAUGAUAUUUAAUUACUUGCGCUAUUCUCAAAAAGAUAGAGUGAUGCGUUAUGGACGCGUUGCAAAUGCGUAUAGUAAUGUUAGGGAAAUGUACAUUAUUCCUUUAGAACCAGAUGAUAAAGUACCUGACGUUUUUACCUUUUUAGAUCAUGAUGAGCUACUAAUACCAAAAAAUAAUGAAAAACGUCAAUCAAAAUUAUUAUUGGGUGCCAUUGUCAUUGUUGAAGCUGAAUCUGUGAAAACGAAACGUCCACGUGAAUUGAAUGUGAAUAAUGCAACACGAUCUGUUAAAAAAGAAAAAGUAGAAUCUGCGUAUAAUGGUCAAUUGGGUAGUAAUGUUCAACCAAAUAUCGGAGCCAAUGUUGUAACUAAUAGUCCGGUAGCUCAUAUUAUACCACCACAGACGAAUGUGGUGAUGGCUCCGGUAAACUCACCGCCAAACCAACAAAUUUCUUCAAAUGUAACGGCGGUGACGUCAGCACCAAGCGGAAUUUUUCCCGGGUUAUUACAGUCCUUAUUGACUGCUCCCGGUCAAAAUACACCAAAUCAAUUCCAACAACCACAACCUCAAUUUAAUGGACCUCCCCCUAAUGCCGCAGCACCACCCCCGAACGGUCAGUUCAUGCCACCACCACAUGUCGUACAAGGUCAUCCACCAACGCCACAAGGACAAAUGCCUCCACCGGGGCCGAUGCCACCAGGAUUUCCCCUACAAUAUGAACAAUAUUAUGCACCUCCACCCCCAAAUUAUCCACCUUCACAACAACCUCCCACAAUACAACCACAAUAUGGUCCACCACCACUUGGUCAGAACGUGCCACCACCGGUUGGUCAGAAUAUACCACCACCAGUUGGUCAAAAUGUUCCACCAUAUCACUAUCCGCCAACACCGACAGAUAAUAGACGUCCUGGUGAACAACCUCAAUGGGUACCUCCACAGGAUAAUCGCCCAUGGGAUAAAACUAACAAUAGGCCACCUAUGUGGGAAAGGAAUUCAGAUAAUAGGCCAAUGGAUCUUGAUAAUCGGCCGUCGUGGGAUCAUGAAGACCGACGAUCUUAUGAUAUGAGACCACCAAGAGACCGUAAUCAUCGACGACCAUCACCACCCCAUUCAGAUUAUCGUGAUUAUCUUGACAGAAGACAACGAGGUCAUCAUCGUAAUCGACAGGAUAGUCCAAGAAGUAGAGGAUCUAGAAAUAGUGGAGGAGGAAAAAGUGAUCGUGAUUGGAACGAGCAAGACCGUGAUUGGGGAGAUAAAGACAGAGAUGAAAGAUUUGAUCGCGGAAGAGAUCAACAUCGUGACGGUGAUCGAGGUAAUCGUGGUGGAAGAGGAGGAGGGAGGUUUCGUGCAAGAGCUUAA